AUGGCUGCCAACGAUUACUAUCAAAAGUCCUAUAUGGCCCAAUCGACACAGUCUUCCCGACAGCAAAAUGAGAGACCGAUCUCGCAUAUCGCCUUCGCCUAUAAUCCCAAAAACAGCUCCUCAAGCCUCGAUCAGUCACGCCCCUCUCAGGCGUAUAGCGCGAGACCUAUGUCUAAUUUCUAUGAACCUCACGACCCUACAAGACAGUCCGUACACUCGGACUCGAUACCUCUGAAGCACCAGUCAAAAAUUUAUACGAAUCAGGAUGCGCCCGACUGGCGGAAUCAAUCCACACAAUAUCCGCCCUCUCCCGACACAAAUUCCCCACAAUUGCUGCCAGACUCAAAGGGGAGGAGGAAGAUGGAGGGAUCAUUUGCAAAUUUCUUCAAGGGCAAGAUACCCUGGGUUGUGUAUACCCUGAGUCUGGUACAGAUCACAGUCUUUGUUGUUGAAAUUAUCAAGAAUUCGAUCAUCACAGGAUCCCCCAUCAUGAUCAAACCUCAAUUUAAUCCCAUGAUCGGUCCUUCGACAUAUGUGCAGAUUAAUAUGGGCGCUCGCUUUGUACCUUGUAUGCGCACUACUCCCGGUGUUCAAGACAGUCCCGAUCCUCCUACUUGGCCAUGUCCUAAUACUACUACGUCCGAUCCAAAUUCGCCAAGCAAUCACUGCGAUCUCAAAGCGCUGUGCGGGUUUUCUGGCUUCAGUAACGCGCAUCCGAACCAAUGGUUUCGGUUCAUUAUUCCCAUGUUCCUGCAUGCUGGUCUCAUUCAUAUUGCUUUCAACUUGCUUUUGCAACUCACCAUGGGUCGUGAAAUGGAAAAGGCGAUUGGCAGCAUUCGAUUUGCGAUUGUGUAUUUCAGCUCGGGCAUCUUCGGUUUUGUCUUGGGCGGGAAUUUUGCGGCGACGGCUAUUGCAUCGACUGGAGCAUCCGGCUGUCUUUUCGGCAUUCUCGCUUUGGUUCUCCUGGACUUGAUAUACGGCUGGAAUGAACGGCGCCAUCCUGUCAAAGACUUGAUGUGGAUUAUGGUGGAUAUUAUCAUUUCUUUUGUUCUCGGACUGUUGCCUGGUCUGGACAACUUUUCUCACAUUGGAGGCUUCCUGAUGGGUCUUGCAGCGGGAAUCUGCCUUCUCCACUCUCCUAAUAUCCUCCGUCAACGCAUUGGCGACUCUACCAGCAUCAACAAGAGCUCCUACCGAAAUGUCGGCUCAGAGCCAGAUCUGAGCAUUAACCCCAAGGACCCGAUGCUGGCUCACUCAUCAUCAUCUCCCGUUGCUCCCAGAGCCGGGCCAACUACGACCGCCGCGCCAGCUAAUGUGGCUGCCUUUGCCAAACAGCCCGUCGGGUUCUUCAAAGGACGAAAGCCAUUGUGGUGGGCAUGGUGGCUGUUUCGGUUGGGAGCGUUGAUCGGGGUCCUGGUAGCAUUCAUCGUGCUGCUGAACAACUUCUACAAGUACCGGGACACGUGUUCAUGGUGCAGGUAUCUGAGUUGUCUGCCGAUCAACAAUUGGUGCGAGAUUGGGAAUUUGCAGCUGAGUAAUUCGACGACCAACUCGACGAAUUUGAGUAGGAGAGCAGCGAGCUUCUUUUUAAUAGAUAGAUGGGAGGCAGGAGGGCUAGAUAUGAUAUGA